UCUGCGCAUGCGUGACAGACAUGUGGAAGAAACGUAAACAGUAGGAAAAACAGGGAUUUGGACUCGUUUAGGCAUUGCGAACAUGUACAGAGGUAUAAUCCUGUAUUCGCGCGGUCAGGGCGCUUUAAACGCAUUUCAAAGAGGAACGUGUUGUUUAAUGCGUCGAUACGUGAGAAGCGUCACAUCAGAGGACGAUGUGAAGAAGUUCAUUAUUGAUAACACAGAAAUAGUGAGCGCCCAAAGCUUGACCCCAGAGAUUUCUUUAAGACUCUUCACCCCCACCUGCCGGUUCUGGACGGAGAAACCUGAGUUAUGGCCUUUCCCUGAUCCGUACUGGGCAAUAUAUUGGCCUGGUGGACAGGCGCUGGCCAGGUAUCUGUUAAAUAACCCCGAGGUGUCUGGAGGCAGGAAGGUGCUGGAUCUCGGCUGUGGUUGUGGAGCCUCAGCCAUCGCUGCCAAACUCACUGGAGCUUCCCAUGUUGUUGCUAAUGACAUCGAUCCAAUUGCUGCCAUUGCCACAAAAAUGAACUGUGAACUGAACGAUCUGGAGCCAUUACCUUGUGUGACAGACAACGUAAUCGGCUCAGAGCCCGAAGACUGGGACCUCGUUCUUCUCGGAGACAUGUUCUAUGAUGAAGAUCUGGCUGAUCAUCUGCAUCAGUGGCUCCGGGCAUGCAUAACCACACAUGGAGCACAAGUGCUUAUUGGUGACCCGGGACGGGCUCAAUUUGAAAGCCAUGACAUCAGAAAACUAUUACAUAAACUGGCUCAUUUUGAGCUGCCUGACUCAGUCAAAGAGGAGAACUACGGACUAACAAACAGCACAGUGUGGUGCUACAACUACAAACCUGUGUAAGUGUAGUAUGGAUGUCAAUAAAACAUUAUUCAA